CGCUCGACUGGUGAGGGGGAUCGGAGAGGCGGCGGCGGCGGCGGCGAUCACGAAGAGUCCAGUAGGGAGGAGGCGAGAACUGCCGCGGCGCGUCCGGAUCUGCUGCCUCCCGAGGCUCCAGGGCUGCGCUGGGAGGGAGGACGAGUUGCUCUGAGCCCGCUCUCUCGGGCUAGCGGCCCCGGGCCCUCUGCGGGCAGAGCGGGCUCCGCGGCGGCCGGCUUCCCUUUGUCCGGGCGGGCGUCGCUGGGGCGAGGGAAGCAAGCCGCAGGCUCGGGCGGCUGCAGGGGGCGGCGGCGGCUGGGUCCCCGGGGUCGCGCUCGGCUGGGUUCCUCCUUUCCACCCCCUUCCUGGGUAGUCGACGGCGGCGGCUCGCCCCAGCCCCAGCCCGUGCCCCCUGCUCGUAUCCCGGCCGAGGCGAUGCCGGACCAGAUCUCCGUGUCGGAAUUCGUGGCUGAGACCCAUGAGGAUUACAAAGCUCCCACCGCCUCCAGCUUCACCACCCGCACCACCCAGUGCCGGAAUACGGUGGCGGCCAUCGAGGAGGCUUUGGAUGUGGACCGUACAGUUCUUUACAAAAUGAAGAAAUCAGUGAAAGCAAUAAACAUCUCUGGGCUGGCACACGUGGAAAAUGAAGAACAGUAUACACAAGCUCUGGAGAAAUUUGGUGGCAAUUGUGUGUGCAGAGAUGAUCCGGAUUUAGGAAGUGCAUUCCUGAAGUUUUCCGUGUUUACAAAGGAACUGACUGCACUUUUCAAGAACCUGAUUCAGAAUAUGAACAACAUAAUUUCUUUCCCUUUGGACAGUUUGCUGAAAGGAGACCUGAAAGGAGUAAAGGGGGAUCUGAAAAAGCCUUUUGACAAAGCUUGGAAGGACUAUGAAACAAAAGUGACAAAAAUAGAAAAAGAGAAAAAGGAACAUGCCAAGCUUCAUGGGAUGAUUCGCACUGAAAUAAGUGGAGCUGAAAUUGCUGAAGAAAUGGAGAAAGAAAGGAGGUUCUUCCAGCUACAAAUGUGCGAGUACUUACUAAAGGUUAAUGAAAUCAAGAUUAAAAAGGGAGUUGAUUUACUUCAGAACUUGAUCAAGUAUUUUCAUGCACAGUGCAAUUUCUUCCAAGAUGGACUAAAAGCUGUUGAAACCCUCAAACCCUCCAUUGAAACUCUUUCAACAGAUCUUCACAUAAUCAAACAGGCCCAGGAUGAAGAAAGGAAGCAGUUAAUACAGCUACGAGAUAUUUUAAAAUCAGCACUCCAGGUCGAACAAAAAGAGUCUAGGAGAGAUUCCCAAAUUCGGCAAAGUACAACCUAUAGUUUACACCAGCCUCAGGGAAAUAAAGAACAUGGGACUGAAAGGAAUGGUAAUCUCUACAAAAAAAGUGAUGGGAUCAGAAAAGUAUGGCAAAAAAGAAAAUGCUCCGUUAAAAAUGGUUUUCUGACAAUAUCCCAUGGUACCGCUAACCGUCCUCCUGCGAAGCUCAAUCUCUUAACCUGCCAAGUGAAAACAAACCCAGAAGAGAAAAAAUGUUUUGACCUCAUAUCACAUGAUAGAACGUACCACUUCCAAGCAGAAGAUGAACAGGAGUGUCAAAUAUGGAUGUCUGUGCUACAGAAUAGCAAGGAAGAAGCUCUAAAUAAUGCAUUUAAAGGGGAUGACAACACUGGAGAAAAUAACAUUGUCCAGGAGCUGACAAAGGAGAUUAUAUCAGAGGUCCAGAGGAUGACUGGAAAUGAUGUCUGUUGUGACUGUGGAGCACCAGAUCCUACCUGGCUUUCCACAAAUCUGGGCAUUCUGACAUGCAUCGAGUGUUCUGGGAUCCAUCGAGAGCUUGGUGUUCACUACUCGAGGAUGCAGUCCCUCACGUUGGAUGUGUUAGGAACCUCUGAGCUUCUGCUUGCCAAGAAUAUUGGGAAUGCAGGUUUUAAUGAGAUUAUGGAAUUUUGUCUGCCAGCUGAGGACUCUGUCAAGCCCAACCCAAGCAGCGACAUGAAUGCAAGAAAAGAUUACAUAACUGCCAAGUACAUCGAGAGGAAAUACGCAAGGAAAAAACAUACGGACAAUACAGCUAAACUACAUAGCCUUUGUGAGGCUGUGAAAACACGGGACAUCUUUGGGUUGCUCCAAGUAUAUGCUGAUGGCGUGGAUCUGACAGAAAAAAUCCCUCUUGCAAAUGGACAUGAGCAAGAUGAAACCGCCCUCCACCUUGCAGUCAGAUCAGUGGAUAGAACUUCUCUUCACAUAGUAGACUUCUUAGUUCAGAACAGUGGGAACCUGGACAAACAGACAGGGAAAGGCAGCACAGCCCUCCACUACUGUUGCCUGACGGACAAUGCUGAGUGCCUAAAACUGCUGCUCAGGGGGAAGGCCUCCAUCGAAAUAGCCAAUGAAUCAGGAGAGACACCACUUGACAUCGCUAAACGCUUAAAACACGAACACUGUGAAGAACUGCUCACUCAAGCAUUAUCUGGGAGGUUUAAUUCUCAUGUUCAUGUGGAAUAUGAAUGGCGAUUGCUUCAUGAAGAUCUAGAUGAAAGCGAUGAUGACGUGGAUGAAAAAUUGCAGCAGCCCAGCCCCAAUCGACGAGAGGACAGGCCCGUCAGUUUUUAUCAACUGGGUUCCAGCCAGCACCAGUCGAAUGCCGCAUCUUUGGCUAGAGAUGCUGCUAACAUCGCUAAAGACAAACAGAGAGGCUUUAUGCCUAGCAUUCUGCAAAACGAGACCUACGGAACCAUCCUCAGCAGCAGCCCCCCACCUUCACAGUCCACCGCACCCCCACUACCUCCCCGGAAUAUUGGCAAAGUUCAGCCUCCCAUCCUGGGCACUGGUGUUCAGACAGCCUCCUCAGCUAACACCUCGUGGAAGACAAAUUCUUUAAGUGUGGACAGUGUAAGCAGGCAGCGAUCUUCGUCAGAUCCGCCAGCUAUCCAUCCACCGCUGCCCCCUCUUCGAGUGACAUCUACGAAUCCCCUGACUGCAACACCACCCCCUCCUGUGGCAAAAACAGCCAGUGUGAUUGAGGCCUUGAACCAGCAGCAGUCCAAGCCCCCCCACACAACAACCCUGCAGUCCAAGUCUACCCCCCCACCCCUGCCUCCACAGCCACCUAGUCGAAUCAUGCAGAAAAAACCAACUCCUGGCAUUGACAGGUCAUCCCCUUUGAUCAACAAAGGCCAACCUAAAGGACCUGCUGGGGAGAUCUCUGAAGUGUCCAGUCUUACAUCCAACACGUCCUCGGGUUUGCAGCCACCAGCACCCAUGCCAAGGAAGUCACAGAUAACAAAGACAAAACCCAAAAGAGUAAAAGCUCUCUACAAUUGUGUAGCAGAUAACCCUGAUGAGCUAACAUUUUCAGAGGGGGAUAUGAUCAUUGUGGAUGGUGAAGAGGACCAAGAAUGGUGGAUUGGCCACAUUGAUGGAGAUCCUAGUCGUAAAGGAGCUUUUCCUGUAUCAUUUGUGCACUUUAUUGCUGACUGAAUUGCUACUGAACAAAAAAUAGGAAGAAAUUUCUCAUUUUCAUCAUAUACAAAUCAACAUUUAUGUCCCAGUUUCACUACUGGUUUGAAAACUCUUGCCAGAAAUCCAGUUUCUUGAGUUGUGUUUGUUCAUUGUUCUGGUUUCAAACUCUGGACACAAUUUUUAUAUGUAAAUGAUUUUUAAGAAAGUUUUGUUUUCUUCAUGAAACAGUCAUUGAUAUACUUUCUCAAAGACACAUUUUUACAUUUUUAUUUUUAAAGGUGAACUGAAAAAAUAAUUGUAACUAAUAUCUCUGCACCCAAACCAGCAGAAUUCAGUAUACCAGCUUAAGAUAGACCUUUAUUUUGAAACAUGAGGUUUGAAAAUAAAUCCCUCUAGGGGGCAGCUAGGUGGCGCAGUGGAUAGAGCACCGGCCCUGGAGUCAGGAGUACCUGAGUUCAAAUCCGGCCUCAGACACUGAACACUUACUAGCUGUGUGACCCUGGGCAAGUCACUUAACCCCAAUUGCCUCAGUAAAAAAAAAAAAAAAGAAAAGAAAAAAAGAAAAGAAAUCCCUCUUGACUUGUCAUGGCUUGAUUUGGGAGUUAUAACUUUUCAUGUGCUUAUAUUAAAGUCAGUGAAUCUCAGAGCAUCUCAUUUGUCUUAGGGAACCAGUUGAAACAUUCAUUGUUGCCCCAGAUGCUUGAUAACCCAGCCCCCUCCUAAACUAAGGUCAUUCCAGAUGCAAGGUCCUGAGUUCACCUUUAAGGACAUUUAUUCCUUUGAAAUCUACCAUAUGCACACAUUUAAAACAACUAGGAAAUUUCUGCAUUACCUGUUUGUAUUUUCUAAUUUGUGAGGUUGAGAAUCUCUGUAUCAUUAUAUGCUGCAUGUGUGUAUAACCUGUUUUGGAAGUCCUUUAUGUAAUGUUGAUCCUGAACAAUUGUAUUCACAAGACUACUGAUGGUUACUUCAAAUCCAUGGCAAUAUUAUCAGUUCAUUCAACUCUAGGAGGUUAUAAAAACUGCAUUUCCUGAAUUUGGUUUUAAACUAAGGAUGAUGGAUUGCAAAGCAGUUCUUAAAACCAAUUAUAUGCUUUAGAUGUUUUAGAAUUUGCCUUCUUGAACUUAUUUAAUCACCCAGUAACACCUGUACACACAAAUAGACUAUUGUGGUGGACCAUACUAUAUUUAUCCUGAGUCGCAAGGGCAUUUAUUGAAAAACUCACUAGUACAUCUUAAUUGCUGUUUCCUGUUAAGUGUACCACUGCCUUUCCUUCCAAACACAAAGCGCUUGUUUCCUAACUCAGCAAUGAGUGUAUAUGUAUUUAUAUAAUAUACCAGUAUGAACAGUAGUUAACAAUGUCUUAAAAAUAAUUCUGUUCAUUCAUCUGUUAACAACUACCUAGCAAAUAUCCCCAGGUCCCAGUGGAUAGAAAUAACACUACAUAACAUUGCAAUUUUCACAUCCAUUUUAAUAGUAAGUGUGUUAUACCUUUCUUGAAUUUAUGCUACAAAAAAAUCAGGUAAUGAACACUAGCAUAUGUUGAUAAUAGCCUAAUUAAAACAUGCUUACAUAAACUUGACUAUCUACUAAUGGUAUAUAGGGGUUCCAUAACAUAAAUACCUGAUGUGAGAAUUUUGAAGUUUUAUGGUAAAAUACAUUAAGACAGUGGCCACCUGGACUUUUCAUAACCACAAAAAUAUCUUACAGACUCUGGAAGCCUCAAACUAAUGCUAGGACAGUUGUUAAUGAUUAAUUUUUUUGAAAAUGGUACACUUGAUUGUGAUAGCCUGUUUUUAUCAUGUGAAAAGCUUGUGUGUAUAGCUCCUUGAUGUAUUAACUCAUUUCUUAAGCCACUGAGAAAGUGAAAAAAAAAAAACUGGAAUGUAUUACAAUGUUUUUGUUGCGUUUUGAAGUCGAUCUCUUUGUACUUUCCAAAGUUCCCAGUUAAAGUUUAAAUUUUUAAUUGUAGACUUAGUUUAGCACUACAACUAUGUUUACUGAUGAUUUCCAUUUUUGGUUUUGGAAAUAUUUUUAAUUCCCUGGUAAGAUGCAAGAAAGUAAACAGCCCUAUUUUGCACAGUUCCCUUCUCCUCCUGUCUAUUUUAACACAGAUUCUCCUAGUAUAUGAAACUUGCAGUCAGCAUUUGGUUGAUUUGGUGUCAGCUGUGAAAUAAAGUCAAAUUUACAAUAGCCUUUGGGUUCUGGUCCCAGACACUACUCAGUCAGGUUCAGUGGUACAUGUCUGGGAUACAUCUUGGCAUUUUUUAAAGCUCUAAUUUGGUGGUGCUAUUGUGCAGGUAAUUAAUAUUAUUCUUCUUGCCAGAGCAGAAAUACAUUUUCAGUACUUUGCCCACUAACAUCCUUUGAGGUAUUUGCUCCUUUUUGCAGCAAAAAAAAAAAAAAAAAAAGGGCAGGCAGAGAUAAAUCUGAAUCCAUUGUAGAUAUCUAUUUAUAUUUAAAGUUUACUUUUCAUAAAUUUCAGCUGCAAGAUUCUGGCAUUUUGCAUUUACCAUUCUUCAUCAAAGCAAACUUCAAGGGAUGAUGAUUCUGAAAUGUUAUGCACAGUCUAUUUGGUUGCUGUGUUAACUGUUUCAAAAGGAGUGGAUGACACCGAAUCUGCAGCGUAAAAUGCUAUUUGAGAUGUAUAAUAUUCAAUUCAUUCAUUUGAUUAUUUUGGUGUA